AUGGCAGGGCCGACCUCACCGGGCGCCGAGGGCCCCACGUAUGCCCCGCCCCAUCUUCCUGCUGGUUGGAUUGCCCAGUGGGAUGGUGCGAGCAAGAAGUACUACUUCGUGCAGCUUUCCACAGGUGUCUCGCAAUGGGAGACCCCGACAGAUGCCGCGCCCACCGGCGCGACACCUGCCCAGCCUUCCGAUCAUCCUUAUGGUGUUCCUCAACCCGAGGUCAUCACUCAUCCUGACGGCAGCCAGACCGUGCGGCACGCCGAUGGCACCCUUGAACCCGUCAACCCCUCUAUGCCUCCCGACACCACGAGCACGAGGGGCAUCGAUGGCCAGACAGGAGAUCGCGGGCUUGGUAGCAUGGCCAUGAAUGCGCUUCUCGGCGCCGGCAAGAAUUCGAACCACGGCUCCUCUUCCAGCAACCAAAGCGGCUCAAGCCCAUUCGGCGGCAUUGCCAGUCAAUUGAUGAACGGUAUUGGUGGGCACGGUAACAGUCACGGCGGUAGCAGCGGGGGUGGCAAGAGUUCCCUGGGCAAUAUUGGUAGCUCUCUGGCAUCGAGCCUGCUCUCCAGCGGGAAGCAGUCUCAGCAGGGCCAGUCGCAAAACUACCAUGGCGGUCAGUCUUCGGGUCACCAACAACAAGGUGGCCUUGCUGGAUCUUUAAUGGGCGGCGUUGCCACCAUGUUUGGCGGAAACAAGCAGAGUCAUGGUAGCAACAACGAUUUCGGUUACUCCAACAAUGCUUCUGGCGGCGGCGGCGGCGGCGGCGGCUACACAGGCCAGGCUCCUCCUACUUCUUAUCAGCCACCUGGUUCAUCUUCGCACAACCAGCACUCGUCUACCCCAACGGGAGGUUCAUACCACUCCCCCGCGCCGAACCAGGGUCAGAACCAUUCGCAGCAGUCAUAUGCACCACCGCCUAAUCAGUAUCCCCCUCCGCCAAAUCAAGGUCAACCGCAUCACAACAACUCCUACGGCGCUCCAUCUCAACAGUCUCACACUCAGUCAUACCCACCUCCACCCGCUGGUGGUGCCCCUUCAUAUGGUCAGCACGCUACCUACAGUGCCCAGCCAAAUCACCAGCAGCAGCAGCAGCAGCAUCAACCGCAGCAACAAUACGGAGGAUAUAACCCGGCCACUUAUGCUAGCGGCCCCCAAGGCCCUCAAACUGGAGGAGGAUAUCCCAGUCAACCUUCGUACGGCAGCCAGCCGUCCCAACAACCCAGCUAUGGCAACCACUACUAG